AUGAUCUCGAAGUCCGACAACGUCUAUGUCCUGGGUCAUAACCAGGAUGAGAUCGACCGCUUGCAACAGCAGCACGGCUGGCUCAAAGACGCCAUGCCAGAGCUGAUCCUUGCUCCCAUUGACCGCAACCGAGACCAGCCCACCACCCAGAUUCUUGAUUCAGGGACCGCCGACGGGAUUUGGCUAAGGGAUGUGUCAACCCAAUUCGGAACCUCGCCCCUAUCGUGCAUUGGAACAGAUAUCUCACCCAACCUUUUCCCAGCGGACCACGCUGCUGGGGAUAUUCAAUAUCUUGCACAGUCGAUCAAGGACCCGUGGCCAACCGAGUUCAGAGGGAAGUUCGAUUUGGUUCAUCAGCGCCUGGUGCUAGCCUGCUGUAACACACACGAAGCCCAGGUAGCUAUCGCCAACCUUGCAUCUCUUGCACGGCCUGGCGGUUGGGUUCAGCUAAUGGAGUGUGAUCACUCCGGCGGGUUUAGCCCUGACACUGCCGCUGCACAUCCGGCGCUGGCGCAGUUUGGCCGCUUGGUCAUCUCUCAUUUGGAGACCAAGGGCCAGUAUGGGCAACAAGGAUUGCACCUUCAGCGGUAUCUCAAACAGGCUGGCCUGGUCAACGUGACGGAGAGAGUGUUUGAGAUUCUAGUUGGAAACGGGGCAAAAAACCCCGACUUGGGCAAUGUGGCAGCUCAAAACAUAGUCCAGGUUGCCAAGAAGAUGGGAGGGGAUGACGAAUAUGUCGAGAAAUUGGUUCAUGAGAUUGAGACUAUCGGUGGAACACAACGGUUCCAUGUCGCUUUUGGGCAAAGGCCAAUCAACACCUUGUAA